CUACUCACGAAGGCCCAUGUCGGGAUUGCGGGACGAGAGAACACCUCGGGCUUUGCCGGCUGGGUAGGCAGGGAAAGCCCUGGGGACGCAAACGCCGUGAAUAUCUUAUUGGAGGCAGGCGCCAUGAUCUAUGCCAGAACGAACGAACCGCAGGGCUUAAUGUCGAUUGAAACAUGCAACAACAUCACCGGUAACACGGUCAACCCAUACAACACUGAUCUGUCGGCGAGUGGCUCGUCGGGAGAAUCGGCGCUGCAAGCUUUGCAUGGCAGUCCUCUAGGAAUUGCGUCUGAUAUUGGUGGUAGCAUCCGUGUCCCGGCUGCCAACUACGGGCUGUACGGCCUGAAGCCUACAACCGGCCGACUGCCGCUGAUAGGGCUAGCCGCUCAUAUGCUAGGCUGCGAGACGAUCAUGCCAACUAUUGGACACCUAUCACCGACUCUAGGGAGGGUUGGAUCUCUUAAUGCAAACCGUGCUCGGGAGUCUUAUAUCCACAAAAACGGGAAGAAACUAACGGUGGGUGCCAUCUGGAACGAUGGCGAGGUGACUCCGGCACCUCCAGUUACUAGAGCUCUACGGGAGGUCGUGGAGCGGUUGAAGAUUGCCCCUGAUGUUGACGUGAUUGAGUGGAAGCCGUAUCAACAAUAUUUCGAGAAGGAUUCCAUGCUAACUGUCCGAUGCCAGACGAGACUCUACAACCCCGAUGAAGGCGAAGCCUUUGCCAGAAAUCUUGAAUUUUCCGGCGAGCCCUAUGCGUCUCUCACGGCGUGGGCAGCCAGAGAUGCUCCAGGGAUUGAAAAGCUCAGUCACCAGGGGGAAUGGAACACCGUCGCCCUAGAAAUGGACGUAAUCCUCUGCCCCGUCUACCCAACCCCGGCGCCGCAACUGCAUACUUCACGAUACCGGGGCUAUGCAUCGAUCUGGAACCUGCUAGACUAUCCAGCGCUGGUGUUCCCCGUCACGAAGAUCCAGCCAGAGCGCGAUGCAAAGGACCCCGUCUACACGCCCCAGAACGAGUUCGAUCGCUGGUGCUAUGACCACUACGAUGCGGUGGCGCAACAGGAUGCGCCAGUGGCGUUGCAGCUGGUUGCGACGAAGUUGGAGGAUGAGAAUCUUGUGCAGGGUUUUAAGGAGAUUAAAGAGAAGAUUGGGCUGCCUUUCGUUGAUUGUUUGGGUUGA